CUUCUAUUCAUUCAUAGACAUGCAAUCGUCCGUAGAAGAACCAGCUAGCAAACGUCAAAAAGCCGAAGAAGAUCAAACCACAAACGAUCAAGAAGAUCCAUCACAGCAAGAAGAUCAGUCGACUGAAGAAGAAGUAUACACAGCGGAGGAGUUGGCUCUAGGUGAACAGUUGAUCCAAGCGGUAGUUGCUGGCGAUCUCGCACAAGUCAAGACAUUGAUAACGGACAAGGAAGCGGAUGUGUGUUUUAAUGCUACGGAACAAGGAAGGACACCUUUACACUAUGCAGCGGAAGCAGGUCAUUUGGAUAUGGUGGAAUACCUUCUCUCAGAACGACAUCCUUACAAUCUGGUGGACAAGGCCGAGGUGACAGCUGGCGAAUUGGCGCUCAAAAAUGGACAUACUGAAGUAUACGAACGAUUGGUCAAUGAAGGUGUCAGGGCGGAACUGGUGAUUCGUGCCAUGAAAAAUGCAUUCCAAGAUGAGAAGGACGAGAUUCCCAACGAAGAUUAUUUACAACAAAAAUUACACUAUGAUGAUAAUAAAUUGAUGGAUGCUAACGAUGAUGCAGUGAUGAUGGGUUGGGAAGGACCUUUGAUGGUGGAACACGCCAAAGUGAUGUGCCCUAAAGAAGGAUUAGAUGUGUUGAACGUUGGUUUUGGACUUGGUUUGAUCGAUAUGGAAUUACAAAAAUACAAACCUCGCCAUCAUUAUAUUAUUGAAGCACAUCCUGAUGUCUAUGCACAUAUGAAGAAAUUGGGUUGGGAUCAAAAACCUGGUGUUACUAUUCUGUUUGGUCGAUGGCAAGAUGUCGUCCCUACUUUGACAAUGACGUUUGAUGGUAUCUUUUUUGAUACUUACGGCGAAUUCUAUGAUGAUCUUCGAGCUUUUCAUGAUGCAGUACCAAACAUGUUGAACACGGAUGGUAUCUAUACAUGGUUCAACGGAUUAGGGGCUACUAAUCAAUUCUUCCAUGAUAUCUAUUGUCGUGUGUCAGAAGUGGAUCUCCGUGAAUUUGGCUUGGAUACUGAAUAUGUAGCUAUGGAUAUUCCUACUGCUGAUGAAAAAGGUGUGUGGGAUGGUGUACGUCAAAGAUACUGGUCCCUUGAAAAGUAUUAUUUACCUAUUUGCAAAUUCUUACAAUAAUAAUAAAAAAACUACCUUUUGUCCUGUUGUA